GUACGGUGGGCGGGCGGGGACGACGGACGUAGUGUGUGUCGCUCUGUGUUCUAACCAGCCUCCAACCACGCUGCACCAACGCUUCAACCACAACAUUCUCUGUCAACCGCACUUAAACACUUCACCCCCACCUCCCCUACGCAUGAGGGAUUACUUACACUUGGAUCAGCCCUCUUGGCAACCCUGCAGCCAAGACGGUGAGGCAGAGACGAAAAGCAGGAAAUAAGUUGAGCACCGCAGGGGCUUGCAGAAGAACCCCAAGUGUUGCAGGGAGAUGGUCAGCUCCUCACUAACUGGUAGUUGAUGGGGCCCAACUACUCGGUUACCUAUGUCAUCCCUACCACCUACCUGCCUGCCCCCAGUAAGCACCCACCUGCCUCCCCGCCUAGUCACGCCUCUACUGACAGUGUGACACUGACGUCGAUGCUCUCAGUGUCGAAGAAGCCCACCUGCAGCUCCACCUGUAAAAUUAAUUAGCGUUAAUUCCUCCAGUUUGCUGUCAAGAAAUUUGUGUUUUGGAACACAGUACAAGUUUUGUCGUGUCCUCGUGGUGGACCUUUGGAGGGCUGGAGUGAACAACACUUUUCUGUGCGGUAAUUCUUGCGAAAGUGACAUUCAGUAUUAGUGUAAAGUGAAGGAAUAAGUGUUUACCAUGUGUCUCAUUUAGUGAUCUUAUAAGUGAUACUGAAGAUUGUAGCUACGUGAAGUGUUUUAAGUUACUGUUAAGUGUAUUCGUAAACAGCACUACAUUGAAAGUGUAAGUGAUGUAUAGUGAUCAGAGAUGAACGGCAGUUAAGUGAUUGCUAAGUGUUUGAGCCACACUUUUAAGUGGUUAACGUUAACUCCUCAAUAUCGACAAGUGUUAAGUGUGGUGGAGAAGCAAGUGGUGGUAGUGGUGUUAGGAAAGUGUGUGUGUGAGUGAGGGCGAGCAUCCUCAGCCUCCACACUUAUCUCAUCUCAUACUCUCUCAGUAUGAUCUCUCGUCUCUAGUGGUCACCAUGGCAACCUCCACCAUGCACCUGCUGCUGAUGCUGCUACUGCUUCUAGUCUGCUCCAUUAACCAGUGUUGGUCGUGGGUGGGACCUGCCGUGGACAAGACCCGUGUCGUCUACCCCUUCCGUACCGACUCCCGCGGCCACGUCAUCUCCCCGGACGUGUCCUCUACCUUCCACGACAAAGAUGGCGGCCGGCGGGUCAAACGCGACACCAACACGACCCAACACAAGGAGGAGAAACUCUACAUCGUCAUUAACAACGACAAUGAAGAACUCUUCCUGAAGCUGACCCCCAAUACCAACCUGGUGACGCCCUAUACCCUUAUAGAAUGGGUGAUGGAAGAUGGGACGAGGGUGUUGAAGAGAGCUUCGGGCGACUGUUUCUACAUCGGUCGCCUCAAAUCUACGAGGGAAAGUCUUGUAGCUAUCAGUAACUGCGACGGCCUUACCGGCUACAUCCAGACGCAGAACGACAGCUACUUCAUCGAGCCUCUGAGGCGGGGCGAGGCGCAAGACGAAGCCAGUAGAUCCGGACCGCAGCCUCAUCUUAUCUAUAAGGUGCAGUCCAUCACUAGUCGCCUGAACCUAUCUCUCCAGCAGGAUCAGGAGUACCAACCCAAAGAGAACCACCACCACCCGUCGCACCAGGAGAACCACUCACAACAGAACCACAACAACCGGGAGAACCACCACCACAACAACCGGGAGAACCACCACCACCCACACCCGCAACAAGACACUACAUUCCUCGAGUUGGACAAACUCCUGAAGAGGAAAAAGAGAACUUCCGCCACGAACCAGCAAGAGCAACAAGAAACUUCUUCAGAAACGGAGCCUGAAAGAUUCAAGAGAUCAGAGAACACUGUGCCCAAGUUCAGGCGAGACAGAAUACCAAAGUUCGUCCGGACUUCCUCCUCGUCCUUCCUCAAGUCUGAGAGGCAUGGCAGAUCGACAGCCCUCAAGGCACCGAAGUUCGAGCGAAGAGUUGGUGCCUCGAGGGAUUCCGAGCGCUCCAAGAGGGAGGAGGACGCGGUGGGCACGGAGCAACACCCAGGACACACUGACGCAGCUUCGCCAGUACACCCAACACCCAAUGGAAGGAAUAAAUUCCGGAAAAUCAAAGACUGCAAGCGGACCAGACCGGAAGAAGAUGGCGGCCCAUCAGCGGGGCAGACUGACAAGUCCGGCGAUACUUGCCAGGAGAAGCCUUUGACCAGAUUAGAAAGGGCAGAGCGAGCUAGGAGGAAGCAAGAGAGAAGAGAGCAGAAGAAACGAGAAAAGGAAGAAAGGAGGAGAGAGAGAGAACGAAGGAAGCAAGAUAAAAGAAGAAAGAAGAAAGGAAGGAAGCAUAAACAAGGUGACUGUGGGAAGAUGGGAAGGGAGGAGAGCCAAGGUCAGGAGGCGGCACCAGAUGGCGCUACCAACGACGUCAUCUGCAGGGCACGACAGGAGAGGAGGGACCGAAGGAGGGAAGAGAGGAAGAGGGAAAAACACGCCAAUAAAGAAAAUAAAGACAAGAAGAGACAAAGGAUGGAAAUGGACAUGCAGUCAGAGGACACAUUAACCUCAUCAUUUCCCGAGGUUCACUCCCGCGUGGUGGACCCCUUCGAGGGUGAGGAGUGGGACGGUUACUCUCCAGACAUGUGGGAGACCCAAGUGGCUGCAGGGACGUCAGGGCUGACGGAGGUGUCCCUGGGGGCGGCCGUGAACGUCUCCGACCCGCAGAAGUGGCUGGAGUUGGUGGUGGCCGUCGACCACACUGUCAUUGACUUCCACGGCGAGGACGAGGUCGAGAAGUAUGUCUUCACCCUCUUCAACAUCGUUGGGUCUGAGCCACGAUGGAGACAACGUGGCCGUCAACGACUGCGAGGACGAGGGCUUCCAGGGGUCGGUGAUGGCGCCCCUCGUCGCCGCCACCUUCAGCAGGUUCCACUGGUCCAAGUGUUCCAAGAGAGAGUACCACGCCAGAGCCCCAGGUUGGAGCUGCCUGAUGAACAAGCCACAGUGGAAGAAUGCCACGAGGGUGCUCUCCACCAUCAAGUACCAGUACUCCCUCCACGACCAGUGCAGGCUGGAGUUUGGUGACGGGUACGGGCUAUGCAGCAGCUUUGGGCUGACGGACCCAUGUACCCACCUGUGGUGCAGCAACACCUCCAUGCCCCACCACUGCAAGACCAAGAAGGGACCUCCCCUUGAGGGAACCAGCUGCGGAGAGCAGAAAUGGUGUCGGCAUGGGUUCUGUGUGGCGAUGAGCCAGGAGACUGAGGACACAGAAGGCGAGUCUCCGGUGAAGCACAACCCACAGGAUGGUGGCUGGGGCGCAUGGAACCAGUGGGGGCCGUGUUCCAGGACCUGCGGCACUGGGGUAGCCUUCAGGACCAGAGACUGUGACAACCCUCCUCCAGCGUGGGGUGGACGACGGUGCCGAGGCAAGAGGGAGGAGUGGAAGACAUGUGGUCUGGAGGCUUGCUCGCUACCUCACCAGGAUUUCAGGGCUCAGCAGUGUUCCUACCUCACACGCAUCGUCACACUAGACCCACGUAGAGCAGCUCUCUCCUGGCUACCAUACGAGGCCAAGAGGCGGAAAAAAAAGUGCCGUAUAUCUUGCUAUAGUCACUCUACUAACGAAGUCUACAUGGGCCGAGAGUAUGUAGUGGACGGAACACGGUGCUCAUAUGACCAGCCAAAUGAUAUUUGUGUGCAGGGCAAAUGUGUGGCAUUGGGAUGCGACAAGGUUGUGGGGUCACGGGCACAAGAGGACGAGUGUGGAGUGUGUGGUGGAGACGGUGCUACUUGUCUUCACCAUAAAUUUGAUUACAACAAGGUUCCUCCAACAGACUACAGCCUGGUGGCCAUUCUGCCUGCGGGUGCAUACAGAAUCAUGAUCAGCGAGGAAACCCCAACCAUGAAUUUCCUAGCUCUUGCAGAUAACUCUUCAUCCUUCUUCCUUAAUGGAGGCAGAAGUCAAGAACCUUCUAAAACCUUUAUCAGUGAAGGAGCCAAGUUUGUGUACAGCAGUCAGAGUGAACGUGAGAUGCUACAAGCAAGAGGUCCUCUCCUUAAGCCUGUCUCCAUCAUGAUUCAUGGCACACAAGCACAAGAAUCUGUACAUAUUACAACCACCUUCCAAACACAACUUCAGCAGGAACACUACCAGUGGGAAGUUGGCCCAUUCACUGCCUGCUCGGUCACCUGUGGAGGCGGUGAGCAACAUCAAACUUUAGUAUGUCGAGAUCGCCGCACGGACACCCAGGUGUUCCACAAUAAAUGUAAACAUUUGCCACGCCCAUCACUGAACACUACUACAUGCAACACCUUUGGGUGUGAGGCCAGGUGGAAGACUGGCCCUUGGGAACACUGCUCAACUACUUGUGGGCCCCAUGGGGUGCAGGAACGAAUGGUGUCCUGUGUGACCCUCCCUGAGGCAGACACUGCUAACUGGACAGCAGGAAUAGUGGAUCCACUAAGGUGUAGUGCUGACCCCAUGCCUGAAGCACAGAGGGAGUGUCUCAGGCACCAUUGUCCUGCACACUGGACACCCAUUGGCUGGGAUGAGUGCUCCAGUACCUGUGGUGAGGGUGUGGAGACACGCCUGUGGGAGUGUGUUGGCGGAGGAGGUAAUGAAGUGACAUAUGACUGUGGCAUCCGCCCACAUCAAGUGCGGGUGUGUAUCAAGCCUUCAUGUCCGCCUGUGCCCUGUCUCCGAGAUGCUUCAGAAUUCUGCCAAUUACCUGUGUUACACAGAUAUUGUCAAGUGCCAAAGUACCGUGAACUAUGCUGCCAUACAUGUGGCAAUGUUGUGUAUUAACAGAUCAAUCCCAGUUAUUUAUGGUAUAUGGUUGCAUGUGCAUCAGAAAAAACCAUCAUCAGUGUGGCCUAAUAUCUACAUUUAUUUGUAGAUACAAGUGUACUGUCUUAAGUGUCUUACCUACAAGAACAGUGUUACUACAAAACAUGCAUCAGGGAACUGGCAUCCCCUGAAGAUUGCAACUUUGUCAGUUUUAAACUCUCUAAAGAAACUGAGUACAUUACUGGUACCAUUACUCUAACCUUGUUGCUCUACACUGCUGAUGUAGUAAGCAGGGAAUCCACAGUGCACUAGUGUUCAGUCAGCCAGUGUGUUAACUGGCCAACCAUUGCAACAAUGUCGACCAAUUUGUCUGACAAAUGCAAAAUAUAUUUGAAGUGUGUUAAUUGUUGGACAGAUGUAAGGGGUAGUUGAUCACUUCAUCUGUGCAUCAUACUGUUUACCAUUACUUAGAUGAAUGACAAGUGCAACAUAUCAUUGACCAGUUUUCUAGUUGGUUGACCAACUUAAUAUGUUGCCAGCCACUUUAAUGGUUGGCCAAUGUAUCGGGCAGCUGACCAGUGUGUCAGCUAGUUAACAAAACUAUUUAAUGUUCAGUUAAUGUCAAGAUUGUCACCUAGACUGAGCACAGUAAUGAUCAAGUGACAAAUGCUUGAUAAGUAACAUUUUGGCUGUUAAAGUGUGUAGAGUGCUUUAACCCCAUCAUACUUUUGAUUAGUGUAUCGGGCAGUUCACCGGUGUUGGGCAAUUGGACUCGGUAUGUUAACCGACACAUUCAAUAAUUGGACCUUCAGGUUGGGUUAAAUGGAUAAAACAAUUUUAUCGAUUGUGUCAAGUGCAAUCCAUUCCCAGUUUUACAGGGUGACAUACUGACACUAGAAAAGUUAACCAUAUUAUUUUAAGGAUUAUAUGGUAAAGUGUGUCCCAGCACUAAGAUUUGUAUUACACAAUACUGUAUUUAAAUAAUGCACAUACUGUACUGUAAAGUUUUAAGAUUUAUUAACACUAUAGUACAACACAAAUUAUGAAUGAGAAAAGGUAAUGUUCUCAUUAGAUAAAUUUAAAUCUACAAGCAAAAAAUGUUUUGGUUAAAUGUACAUUUACAUUUUGUUCUUUACCUGUAACAAAACAUUACAAUCAAGCCCCUUUGAGGAUAUGGUGUAAUUAUGAUUGUAUAUUAUUUGAUUUUAUUUAAAUGUAUUACUAGAAUAUCUCUGCCUAGAAGUUUGUUUAAUAUCCAGGGGAAAAUGAGUCAACCAAGUUAAAAAUCAACUAGAGCACAUUUGUGAAGACCGUUAGAAAUACAGUACUGUACCUGUAUGUGAAAGAAAGUGCCGAGUACAACCUAUCAGUUUUUACAUAGCAUUUUCAGUAGCAAUAGGAAUUAUCAAGAGCAUAGCUGAAAUAGUCUCAGUACUGUCUAUGCAACAGCAACUUCUACUUGAUCUUAACUUAAAAAAAUGCCCAAGAGAGCAAAUUACUGAAACCAUCUUGUUUGACCCAUUUUUUUUUUUUUUAAAGAACUUUGCUAUUCCAGCUCCUGAUACAAAAAUGCAGUACUGGAUUUAAUCUUGCAGAGAUUUGAUCUGUAUACAUUGUAACUGGAUAAAAUUGGAAGUGAAGUGUUGUGAGUUGGUGGAGGAGUUGAGCAGUAGACGGUUAACCAGUAAGAAAGUUGACCAGCAUGAGAAGAAUCUGGUUGACUAGCAUUUCAGGUAGAUGAUCAGGAAAUUGACCAGUAUUUUGUUUACACUGACCAGUAUAUAUAAUAGUGUGUUGGAUAGUUGAUGAGUACAUCAGGAAGAUAAAUAAUGUACAUAAUAAUUGACCAGUGCUAUCUAGACGGUAAAAUUCAUUAGGUUAUCGAAUCCAUUAAUGAUUAUGUGGAGCAUUAUUAUUAUUUCCCAUAGUCGGGGACUAGAGGCCUGUUUGGCUUAUUGAGGCCAGUGACUGUCCUCUAUAGGAUACAACCCACAAAGACCUGCUUAACUAUUACCUAUUUAAUUAAUUUAUUAAGCUAGGUGAACAGACACAUCAGUUAUAAGGAAACAUGCCCAAACGUCUCUCCCUGCCUGGGAAUUGAACCCAGGACCUUCGGUUGUGAACCGACUGCGCUGACCACGGGCAGUGUUGAGUGGAAAACUUGUCAUGUACUGUACUUGGCUUUCUUGUAAAUUAUUUCUCCCAAUUGAUUAAUGCCAUUUGUCUACCCGUGUCGUCAGAUGACUAGCAUAUCACGUAAUCAGGUAGUGUUUCAACUAGGUGACUACAGCGAGCUGAGGUCAACAAGGUGUGAUAGAUGGUUGACCAAUGUGUCAAGUCGUCAGUGGUCAACCAGUGUCGAGUGUCCUUUGUUACAUGGUUGACUAAAUUAUUUGGUGUUGUGUUGUGUUUAAUAAUCUGCUAGCUAAAAUUUUUGUUAGGUACCUCUUGUGCUGUGUAGUGCCAUAUUUAGAUAUGUUUGUGUUGCUCUGUGAAAAUAAAUAAAUAACCCUC